ACCUAAUCAUAAGAAUAGCUCUGUUAUCAGACAUAUGGCGGAAGAUUCAUACGAUGAAGAAUGUGACUACCUAUUCAAGUCGGUGCUGAUCGGAGACUCAGCCGUGGGAAAAUCAAACCUCUUGUCAAGAUUUUCCAAAGACGAGUUCCGGUUAGACUCUAAACCAACCAUCGGAGUUGAGUUCGCUUACAGGAACGUUCACGUCGGGGAUAAGAUCAUCAAAGCUCAGAUUUGGGACACCGCAGGUCAAGAAAGAUUUAGAGCAAUUACGAGUUCAUACUACCGUGGAGCAUUAGGGGCAUUGCUGAUAUACGACAUCACAAGAAGAACAACUUUCGUCAACAUCAAGAAAUGGCUUUUCGAGCUCCGAGAGUUCGCCAAUCCCGACACCGUCGUGGUCCUCGUCGGCAACAAAUCCGAUCUCCGGCACUCUAGAGAAGUCGAAGAAGAGGAAGGUAAGAGUCUAGCUGAGUCGGAAGGUCUCUGCUUCCUCGAGACUUCGGCUUUAGAAAACGUCAACGUUGAAGAAGCUUUCCUCGUGAUGAUCAAACGUAUACAUGAGGUUGUAACUCAGAGGAACGCUGCUUCGGACAGCAAAUCCAACGGUGUUGCAACGACUGAUCAUGUUAACGGUAACGGUACGGUUGUUCCAGUUGGUAAGGAGAUUGUGAAUAUACAUGAAGUUACUGCAACUCAACCAGUAAGCUCUUCUUCCAAAUGUUGUUUCCAGUAAAUAAUUAAAUGUAAUUUUGGUUUUUUACUGCUUUAACUUGUGAGCCGGUUCGGUCAAUGAUGUUUUCAUCUGUUUGCUUUGGAUGCUUUUUUACGCGCAAUCAAAUUCAGUUUCUUA